AGCGCGCAGCCCCGAGCUGCCGCGGGGCGUCGGCACCCUGCCCCCGCGGGACGGGGCCUGCUGGGCCCGGCCCGGCCUGCCGCUCCCUCCCCGCCCGCCGGGGUCCCCGCCGGCAGCGACGAUGUUUUCUCUCAAGCAGCCCAAACCCACCUUCAAGUCCUACCUUCUGCCGCUGCCUCAGGCUGAAGACCAUAUAGCAUCAGAACCAAGGAUUAAAAAACUGGAACCAGUACUUCUGCCAGGUGAAAUUGUGGUAAAUGAAGUAAAUUUUGUGAGAAAAUGCAUUGCAACUGAUACAAGUCAGUAUGACCUGUGGGGCAAACUGGUUUGCACUAACUUCAAGAUUUCCUUCAUUACGGAUGACCCAAUGCCACUACAGAAAUUCCAUUAUAAAAACCUCCUCCUUGGUGAACAUGAUGUCCCACUAACGUGCAUCGAGCAGAUUGUCACAGUGAAUGACACCAAGAGGAAGCAGAAGGUCCUUGGUCCCAACCAGAAACUUAAAUUUAAUCCAACUGAAUUAAUAAUUUAUUGCAAAGACUUCCGAAUUGUGAGAUUUCGUUUUGAUGAAGCAGGUCCUGAAAGCGCAAAAAAGGUGUGCCUUGCAAUAGCCCAUUAUUCUCAACCAACAGAUCUUCAGCUUCUCUUUGCAUUUGAGUAUGUUGGAGAAAUAUAUCAUAACCCAGCCAAGAAGGUGAAUGGAAUAGAUCCAGGAGGUGGUGGUGCCAGUGGUCAGCAGACACCUUUGUUUGAAACUUACUCUGACUGGGAUAGAGAAAUCAAAAGGACAGGUGCAUCGGAGUGGAGAGUUUGUUCAGUCAAUGAAGGUUAUAUGAUAUCUACUUGCCUUCCAGAAUAUUUUGUGGUUCCAUCUUCCUUAGCAGAUCAAGACCUUAAGCUAUACUCCUACUCUUUUAUUGGGAGACGAAUGCCAUUAUGGUCCUGGAAUCACCCUAAUGGGAGUGCCCUCGUUAGGAUGGCCAACAUUAAAGAUGUCUUACAACAAAGAAGAAUUGAUCAAAGGAUUUGUAAUGCAAUAACUCGAAGCCAUCCCCUUAGAAGUGACGUUUAUAAAUCUGAUCUGGACAAGAGUCUCCCCAACAUCCAGGAAAUCCAGGCUGCACAUGUCAAACUCAAACAGCUGUGUGUUAAUGAGCCCUUUGAAGAAACUGAAGAGAAGUGGCUAUCCUCACUGGAAAAUACUCACUGGUUAGAGUAUAUUAGAUCCUUUCUUAAACAUUCUGCUGAGCUUGUAUAUAUGAUGGAGUGCAAGCAUGUUUCUGUAGUUCUACAAGAGGAAGAGGGCCGGGACCUGAGCUGUCUUGCUGCUUCACUCAUUCAAGUCAUGUUGGAUCCCUAUUUUCGAACAAUUGUUGGAUUUCAAAGCCUAAUCCAGAAGGAAUGGGUCAUGGCAGGGUAUCAGUUUUUAGACAGGUGUAACCACUUAAAGAGAUCUGACAAAGAGUCUCCUUUGUUCUUGAUGUUUCUGGACUGCGUUUGGCAGCUGCUAGAACAAUACCCAGCAGCCUUUGAGUUUUCCGAAGUUUACUUGACUGUACUGUACGACAGCGCACGUGUAUCACUGUUUGGCACUUUCCUCUUCAACUGCCCUCAUCAGCGAGUAAAGGAGAGCACUGAGUUUGCCAUAAGCAAGAAUAUUCAGCUGGGUGAUGAGAAAGGCCUCAGAUUUCCUUGUGUUUGGGACUGGUCUCUUCAGUUUACAUACAGGGAUCGCCUGCUCUUCCACAACCCUCUGUACAUUGGAAAGAGUGCACCCUGUGUACAGAAUGGAGCCGUGAAGACUUUUAAACGCUCAAAGAAAAACUACAGCUCCACGUUGCGAGGUGCACCCCCAGCACUAAAGAACGGAAUCAUCGGUGAGCAAGAGUUCCUUCCAAGAAGAAACUCUCUGAUACUAAAGCUGAAACCGGACUUUCUCCAGCACACAGAGAGUCCGACUAGCAGUAUGGAACAGUACUUCAGAGACUGGUUUGCAAAGCCUGUUGAUUUGCACGGUGUGAUCCUACCCCGUGUCUCUGGAACACAAAUAAAACUAUGGAAACUCUGCUACUUCCGCUGGGUUCCUGAGGCCCAGAUUAGUCGUGGUGGCUCCAUCACUGCUUUCCACAAAGUGUCUUUGCUGGCAGAUGAGGUAGACAUGUUAAACCGCAGUCUUCGGCAGUACAAAAGCAACUCUUCUUUGCACAGCAGCUGCUUGGAACUGGAUCAAAGCAGGAUGUACUUCAGAGCAAACGGUUUAAAUGACACCUCUGGGGCCCCAGACUUUCUCUCCUCCUCAUUCCCAUUUUCUCCUAUAGGGAACCUCUGCAGACGGAGCAUUCUGGGAACACCUUUAAGCAAAUUUUUAAGUGGUGCCAAAAUCUGGCUAUCCACUGAGACGCUUGCAAACGAAGACUGAGAUGUUGUGAUGGUUUAAAGUUGUAGGGAAAAUAGAGCCUAUAACUUUGUCUUUUCUAAGUUAACACUGCUAAAUGCGGCAUUGAAAGCUGUAAUAAUUUUUCUAUACAAAUGUUACGUAAGUUUUGCACAGAUAUUUAAAAGCAAAGCAGUCAUGCUUCAGAUCGCACACGUUCAUCUUCAGUAGCUGUCACCUGCUGGGGCUGCUGGUCCUGAAUUCCUCUGUGGUUUUGUGGUUUGGUUCAUUCUAAGUGGUGGAGCACUUCAUUAGCUAACUGAAGGGCUUGGUAUGGUCAUGCAUGAGGGUUCUGCUCAACAGAUCUAUUUUCUCAGAUAGUGGCUGAUGUGACUGUAGUGUCAACAGCUUGGCAGGUCAGAGUUCAGUGCAGGGGACACAGACUGACAGCUGAAACCUGGGAAUAGACUGUUUUAUCAGGCUGCCUCUUCAGGAAGAACACUUCCAUGUGGACAUACAUACAUACCCACUAACGUUCUGUGACUUGGUCACCCUACAUAGGUCUUAAUGCAGUGUGUAUCCAGGGAUUGUGCACUCUCUUCUCUUUCUCCCCCCAAAAUGUAUUCAUUAACAAUUA